UUAACAUGCUUUGCCCUACAUUUGAAGACAACGAAUUUGGAGUUCAUUUCCGGGUGGGAAAGCCUAUCUGGCAAUCGAUUUCUACACACAACCAAUGGAAAGACUGUCGACCAUCUGACAUAUGGCUACCGAGAACUGGCAACAGGUCGGUUGGGACCUGAAGAAGAGUGAUACUAGCAGAACCAGCGAACUGCCUCGUCCAAUCUUAUGGGACACUGCACGUGCUACGGCUGGUUUCGAUACUUCAUUUCCUGUUGGAGUGGAUACCGAGCCCACUGUCCGAACAAAGUCAGUUCAAUUUUCACUUAAAAAUGAAGAGGACGUGCAGUUCGAUACCAAGGCCUUUAGGGAACAUUCGAUCGGUGUUUUCAGGAAGACACUGUUUCAGGCGGUCCUCUUCAUCGAUCUGUUGGAAGCCAUCUGGAUCGGCGCCGUUGUUGCAGUCUUCCUAUUCAUUCCUGAGAUACGGAUUGUCUUUGUCGGAUCAGCCCAGCCCGGCCUUAACAACACGACACUCCACAGUUCCCCCAACAUCAGCAACAACACCAUGGAAGACGUUACGCUUUCGAAAGGAUCGGCAUGGCUGAUCGCUUUUUGCUUACUGUUCAUUGUUACAUUUGUAACGACGUGUGUUAUCACAUUUGUUUUUGAAAGAAGAGAGAAGAGGGUUCCAUCUCAACUCUUCCUAUUCUUGCUGGUAAACACCUUUGCCUUACUGAUGGGUGACAUUGCUUGUUUGUAUCAAACAGAAGUGAUGUUGUCAGUGAUGUGCCUUGUCGGCUUUGCAUUUAUUCAACUUCUUCUCUAUCUUAUAUGCACUAAGAGGUCUCCAUUAUCUAAUUCACCUCACUGCACGGCGAUGGCGCUCGUCUUCCAUAUAUGUUUGAUGUCUGGUGUUGCAUUUUCAAUCAGCGACCUAGUCUACAAAUCUCCUUGGUACUAUGGCCUCAGUUCAUUCCUUAUUUCGACAUUCUUUCUUGUGGCAGCCUUGUACCAUGCAUGGCCAGGCAACGAGCAUGAUUGCAUGAACGAGCUGCGUCGAUCUCAUGUCUACAGCUACAGAGCACUCAAAGUCUGGUUUGCCGUCCCACUUGCUAUCGCCGUUUGUUUCUGCAAAAAGCGUUCCUUGCCAAGCAGCACAGAGAACGAAGCGGAGACAGAAUCAAACAAAGACGCUGAUCUGUGAUGAAAAUGAAGCCAAGUUACCGGAAUUGAGAGAAAUAUGUUGCCUUCAUAAUAAAUAAACAGAGCGAAGAGGUGAUACUUAGUUCAGGAUCAACAGCUGCUGAUGAUCUUCGACAGGAGUUCCUUUCCAAGGAGCACAGAGAACGAAUCGGAGACAGAACGAACGAGAAACGCUGACCUGUGAUGAAAAUGGAGCCAGCUUACCAGGAAUGACUGAGUGAAAUAAAUUUACUUCGUAAUAAAUGUAACCGACGAAGAUGGUUCCGGAUCAACAUCAGUCUGUAGAUGAUUUUUAUAACCAAUAGGCGGACUGAUAUCAGAAUAAUAACAGAUUGUUUCGAGUUCGACUAUUGCAAAAGUUCGUUGGCUAAUUCUUGAAGUUAACUGUGUUAUUAUUGGAAUCUGAUUUAGCUACCAAAUUUCAUCUGCGUAGCAAAUGACAGGAAAGGGCAGAUCAACAUGUCAGCUGUCAAUUUUGUAUACACAACAUCCCAGUCAAACUCCAGUUUGACCUGCAGACACUACUUCUAGUGUAAAGCAAGUUUGCACGGUUCUGUUGGCGGGGCAGAGAGAAAGUAAGAAUUGCCAAUUGCGAAGAUUCAGUUUAAAUUCAAUAAGAAGACGUUACUUAGAAAUA